AUGCUGAGAUCCAACCUGGCGACACCGUGGAAGCCGUCGAUGGCAGAGCUUACACUGGUGAAGGAUGUGCGACAAGGCACGUUCGUGCAGGUCAGAGUCACUAAGGAGCGCGGGAAUGUAACAGAAGAAUACUACCUGAUGCGCGGGGGGAUGGAAUACCUGGAGCAAUGCAUCCUGAAGCGAAGGCUGGAAGAUUCUUGCAAGGCACUCGAGAUGGAAAACGAGCUAUUGACCCAAAAGAUCGUCCAGACAAGUUUGGCUUCGGAUCCCAGCUCUUGUACUUCAUUCACCAAAGAAAAUCUGGCCGAUGCAAGAUUGAAAGUCUCGACGUUGACGAACAUUUUGCAUUACGAAAGUGUCAGUACAAGGACGCAGAGCUCCAAGUUAAUACAAUCCUAUCAAACUCUCCUGGCGGCCAAGGCAAGGGUCAAACUACACACCGAGAGCCGCCAGUCGUCCAACGAGGCUGCGGAAGAUGCGGCGUGGAGACAAUUUAAAGCGCUCGAUGCCGAGCUUGUGGAACAUGCAACUUCUUCAACAGAACCUUAUGAUUGGGCGACGAUGUCUUGGAGGGAAAGGCUGGCAACAUGCCAAAAGUUUGACAGACUGAGGAAGGGGCUUGCUGAGGAUCCAGCAGCAACAGUCGAGGAAGAACCAACAAAGAAAGCUGUGAUGACGAGGAUGGUCCGAAUGGAGAGGUGCAAACAAGUGGAAGUGACUACCAAGGCCCUCCUUCAAGUUGUUGAUGUCUCGUAUCGGACUGAGGUGAAGGGGAGUGACAUUCUGAGAAGAGGGGACAUCAUCCAUAUGAUUGAUGGAAAAUCCACUCAUAACCUCAAAGUUGAGAUCGCUGAGAGCCUUUUCAUGGGAAAGAAAGAGUCCGGGGGCCAUGGAAUUGUGGAAAAUGAUGCCAAGAAUGGCGCAAUGAAUCGAGAGUCUUCAACAACCUCCAUGAGCCUCGUCCUUGCAAGAUCUUACGGUGUGAUGUUUCCUUUGCGCAUUGAGGACUUGAGCGAGAUUCUAUCCAUCAAGUUGAUGAAGCACGGAAGCUCGCUAGAAAUCCUCCACCUCCUCCCUCCUAUCAGGAUUGUGAGAUGCAGAGGGCCCUACAGGAUCAUGUCCGUACAAGACCAGUCAUCGAGCUCCUUCAGCGGGGGCUGGCUGCACGCCAUCGACGGCGUCUCUGUGUACCACCUCAACAAGGCUCAAGUCCUGCGUCUCCUGCAGCCUUGCGUCGGCCUGGGAGUCUCUUUCCUGGGGUGCAAGGAGGUGGGGCGGGUCCUGGCCUGCAACGGAGAGGAGUACUGCGUGAGAUGGAGCGAUGGGAUCGAGCGGUGGAUCCGACGGAAUGACUUUGUGAUUCAAGGGAAGCUGACUCUCAGGGAGGUCGUCCUGACUACCUCCCAGUCAGUCAUGGGGCCUCAAGAGGACGUCAGGGUCUCGUUUGAGAGCGGCAAGACUUACACACCUGUGCUCUUUCGGGAGGCUGGACGACCGGAGGGAUCGUUGUGUUGCUGCGACGUGAUAGUGUCUGUCAAUGGCAGACCGACGAAUGAGAUGAGUAGCGAGGACUUGAGGAGAUACUGCGUGUCUGAAGAGGCGACUCUCACUGCAGUGAGUCCCUCCAACGUGCCAUGCGUUGCCCAGUCAGCGAUCACCGUGUACGGCGGCGGUCCCUUCGGAGCGUACCAGGGAUUCGGAAACCAGCCCUCCGACAUGAAGAUCAGAUUCAUCGGCACAGCCUGCGACACAACUCAGUGGAUCUCCUUGACCUCUGCCACCUGCAAGCUCUUGACGUCCGGCUUCGCCAUGGGCGCGUCAGAAAUUGUUACAAACAUCAAGUACACGAUCUUCGAUGCAGUCUCAUUUGACGCGCCUUCACUCGUCGCCGUGGUCAAGGGCAAUGGACCCACCAGCGGCAACGCUCGCGUUACUGCCGUCGGGCUCAACUUUGGAGCCACGAGCUUGUCAGCGGCACAGCAGAUCAAAGUCGGACAGUCAACAUGCAGAUCUACUCUAUGGCUGUCGGACUCGCAGCUGAUUUGUCUCGUCCCCCCCGGGUCUCAGUCUGGUCUGUCCGUUGAGGUUCAGGCAGGCUACUCGUACAACGGAUCUCUUGCAGAGCCGAGGUUGACCUCCAAGCUCGAUGCCUUCACCUACGAUGACCCGUCUGUGAGUGCAGUGCUCAGAACCAACGGCCCUACCCCAGGGUCUUCCUGCACCAUCUUUGGGGCAAAUUUCGCACCAUUCGACCUGACGCCUUUGGCUCGAGUCGGCCGCUCGGCCUCUGAGUCGACGUCCUGGCAGAGUGACACCUCGUUGCUUGCCGCGAGUUCGGCAGGCAGCUCAUGGAUGGCCUCUGUCAGCGUGACCGUCGGGGCCUUGGGGAACCUCACGGGCUCAGCAUCUGUCGGCACUGUGACGGAUGCAUUCACCUUUGAUAGACCAGUCUUGGUUGUUGCUGCAAGUCCUAACUUGGUCCAGGACUCUUCUCAGAUGCUCAACAUCUCUGGGUCCAGCUAUGGGCUGUGGGAUACGUCAGUGAGCGCAAGGAUCUCUGGGACCAGCACGGCACAGACCCUGUGGAUAUCGGACGCGGAGGUCAGCUGCAUGGCGGCUGCGGGCAUGGGCAGGACGCUCAGUGCUCAACUGACUGCCUCCAGCCUCGUGGGCACUGCGACAGAGCUCUUGUCGUAUGACGCUCAGCUAGUGUUCAACAUGUCCAGGUCAAACACCGAGACUCGCUACCCGGCACACCUGACGGCCUUCGGACUUGGUUUGGGCCCUUCAGACUCGUCAGUCAGGAGUCGAGUCCUCCCGACUGCCUCAGCCUUCACCAUGUGGCUCUCGACGUCCUCCUUGGCCCUCAAGCCCUUGUCAGGGCUGCUGGGGCUACAUAGUCUUGUCAUCACCAGCUUGAUCGCUACGGCUUCAGCAGAUACUCUCCUGUCUUUCGAUCUCAUGUCAAUGAGCCACCUCGCCCCCAGCAACUCUCCCAAGAGCUCCUCGUCCUCGAUGACCAUGUCAGGUGCCAACUUCGGGGUCUCGCAUUCUUCGCCGGCAACUCGUCAGACUGCUACCGCAAGCCCCGCAGUCUCCUGGCUCUCAGAUAGCUCCAUCGCCUCUCUCCCUCCUUCGGGCUACGAUGACGCCAAUGUCACUCAGACGAUCGUCUGCAGCGUCUCCGCCCAGGUUGCGGGCCUAACGGAGUCCUUCUCCUACGAUGAGACUGUCGUCAGCUCCCUUCUCCCCGCCAACGGACCCAAGACAGGCGCCAUCGUUUCGGCCUUCGGCUCGAACUUCGCAGUUGUGGCCUGCAGUGGUCAGGGCAGGCUGGGGUGGACAAGCUCAGAGAGCUCCGAGUGGAUGUCAGACACUGCAAUCUGGUUGAGAGCUUCCUCCUCGUUGGGUUCGGACGCACCCUUGUACUUCACGGUAGGAGGGCAGCAGCAGGCUUCAAACUCCUCGAUAGAGACACAGCGAAAGUCGAUCGUCUUGUUCACUUUCGACGCUCCUGCCCCUUCCAAGUUCGUCACGACCAACUUCCCCGUCUAUGUCGCCAGCAACGUCUCAGCAGGAGCGGAUGGCGUUCUCAUGCUGGGUGACUCCUUCGGGGCCUUCGACGGUACGGGACAGGCCCGGGUGGGAGGAAGUUCGUGCCAAGUCACUCAGUGGUCCUCCAUGACUUCACUACUUGUAAAGCUCCUGCCCGGCUAUGGACGGACGAUACAUUCUCAGGUCACUGUAGCAGCUGCAGUGGGGAGUAUGUUGGGCGGGAUCACCUUCGACUCGCCCUCGCCAGUCAAGUUCUCUAUGGCCGAGUCCAAUCAAAGUCUCGCCAACCUGCCGCUCGUGGGAUCAACGAGGUUCACAGUCGAGGGUGCAAACUUCGCCACCUCCUCUGCAACUGCCAAGGCUCGAGUCAAACACACGGCAAGUCCGAGCACUGGGUGGCUGUCGACAAGCUCUGUGGUAGUCAAACAAGUCUCCUUCACCGAGCACACAGCCUCUGUCAUCUUGUCGGUUCUCUUCCUUGGCUACACGCUGUUUCAAGGAAACUCCGGCAGGACCGGCGGAAACCCUCUCCUACUCUCUGGUUCAGGUCUGGGGGCCGUUGACGUCUCUCCCAAGCUCCGUGUGGCCUCUACAGCCUGCUCGGCAUCCAGCUGGAAGUCCACAAGCUCAGUCAGCUGUACGGUUCCUGCUGGAUCGGACAUCGCGGCCAAAGUUUUAGCCUCGGUGGUCCUGCAGGUCGGAUCGCUCUCCAAUUCCUUCAGCUAUGACUUUCCCAGCUUGUCGAGUCUCUUCCCAGCCAACGUGCCGCCCUCAGCUCAGCCAGGGCAGGUAGUCACGGCCUUUGGCUCCAACUUCCUCCCUUGGGACUCGAGCCCGUCGCUGACCAUAGGCAGCACGGCCUGCCUCGUCACGCAAUGGCAGUCUGACUCGUCCCUGCUCUGUACUGUGGGGAGCGGCUAUAGCCUGAGCGACGACGAGGGCUGGAGCCUCCAGCUCGCCUUCUUUGCGAGCAACCAGACGUCCUCCGUGACUCAGGCGAUCACCUACGAUGCGCUGAAGCUGCAGUCGGUCCUCCAGCCCGUGGCAGGUCGGAGCCAGGAGGGAGGGUUCAACGUGACAGUCCGGGGAGUCAACUUCGGAAGGUACUGGGCGACCACCUCUCUCAGCAACCUUUCCUGUGCCGAGGUCGGAGGUUCAGCCCAGCAGACGAGAAUGAAGUUGGGAGACACGACCUGCCAGCAGCUUGACUGGAUCUCGGACACAGCUCUGGUGUGCAGGGGAGCCCCAGCAGGGGUCGGGGUGUGUGAUGUGACAGCCCAGCUGUGCAGGAGGUCAGACGUCAUCCCCAGCGCGUUUGCCUACCCCAGCCCUCAGCUCGGCUGCUUCAACUUGUCAACGGGUCAGCCGAUCUCCUGCGGGCUCAACACCACCGGUCCCUUCUCAGUGGUCAACGGCCCACCGGACGGGUCAGUCGUGCUGACGCUGGUCGGCUCCAACUUCGGUCGCUGGGACACCAGCCUCCAUGUAAGGGUGGGACAGACGCGCCUGCUCGUCUUGUCCUGGAGCUCCAUGAGCAGCGUCAUCUGCAAGGCCCCAGCUGCCCUGCCUGGAGAAGCAGCUCAGGUAGUGCUGAGCGUUAUGAAUCAGAUGGGAACGACGGAGAAUCUCUUCUCGUUUGACAAGAAUGUCAUCACGUCGGUAUCACCUUCGAACGCCCCUUACACGCCUGUUCAAAACAUCUCCAUCUUCGGGUCAAACUUCGGAGUCUUCAGGCCGGGCACUAUCAUCGGCAAGGUUGCAGGCCUGACGUGCAACUCAACUCAGUGGAUCGCGAGCUCGGCUGUCGUCUGCUCGCUUCCUCGUCAGAUCCCUCAGAGUGGAGCAUCAGACGUCAGCAUGCAGGUUGCCCAGGCUGUCGCCACCUUCACCAACAUCUUCAGCUUCGAUCUACCCGUGGCUUCCAGCAUCAGUCCAGCUCAAGGGUCUGUGACAGGAGGGAACCUCCUCGAGGUCCUCGGCAAGAACUUCGGCAGUGCCACGUCAUCGCUUUCAAUCGCCAUCGGCCAGACCUCUUGCCCCAACUCAACAUGGCAGAGCGACAGCUCGGCGACCUGCUCGGUCCCUUCUGCUUCCUCCCCGAGCAGCGAGCCAGUCACGCUGAAGUUCGAGCUCACAGGGAGCCAAAGGGUGGUGAGGUACAAUGGAAGCUACCUCUACUUCGCAGAGACCUCUACUUCAUUCUCUCCUACCAGCUCCCCUCUCCCCCUCUCCUCCACUCCUCCACCUGUCAGACUGGUGGAGGCUACCUGCGGCUCGUCGGGAGGGACCAGCUCCAACGUCGACACCUGCUCGGUCACUUUCAGCGACGGGCAAGGAGUCGUCAUCCCUCCCGGCGUGUGGCCCCUCGGCAUCUCCCCUGACGUCCGCGCGUCCAUCCCCUCCCUCAGCAGCCUGCCGGGUCUGGUCAACCAGAGCUUACAGCAGAACUUGACGCUAGCGAGCGAAAUCCUCCUCCUCGAGCCCACGACCAUCCGCCUGACCCUUGGCAAGGCGACGGUCAGGCUGCGAGUGGACCAGGCGAUCAUGAAGAACGCUGUGAGCAUGCGGCUGGCAGUGAUGCGGUUCGAGCAGACGCGGAGGGCGACGGGGAGUUGGGUGGAGGUUUCUCGGACGGUCUACAAUCAGGCGACUGGAAUGGCGGAGGGAGAGACAAACGCCUUCUCUUACUUCAGUGCGAUGCUGGUGCCGGCAGCAGUGCCAGCAGUGCCAGCAGUGCAGGAGGAGGAGAAGAGCUCGCGAGUUCUCGGCAAAGAUGCGAUCAUCGGCAUUUCAGCGGGAGGAGCUGUAUUCCUCCUCGCAGUCUUCCUGCUGUUCUGGUACUUCUGCUCUCGCCGGGCCAUAAGAAAACUCGAGCAACGAAAGCUGGAGGAGCGAGCGCCAGUCGCAGCAUCCGCCCGGCCCAACGUGAACAUGCUCAACCUGAGGGAGAUGAUCCGACAAGAGGUUCAGAGUGAGCUAUCAUCCCCUCGCAUGCUCUCCUUCCUCGACAGCUCUCGGACCUCAGAGCGACCAGCUCCUAGAGAGUCGCACGAACCCUCGCUGAAGCCCGAGGAGAAGAUCUCUCCCAGCGACAUCUUGGAGGGAAUGAACUUGUCUGCCAGCUCGGAGCAGCAGCACACGCAGGAGGCUGGCGCUGCGAUCUACGAACUUUCCCCUCCUCUGCAGGAGAUCUCCAUAGACUCCUUCAUGCCCCGGAAGAAACUUGGAGCCGCAGCCCGAGUGAACCAGCAGGCCAUGGGCAAUGCGAGCAUGAGGGAGGAGGGGCAGGAGGAGGUGCGAGACAUCGGGGAGCUUGUGGAGGAGCAGGCUCGAAUAUCGAGCGAGGCUAUGAAUGCUGACUUCCAUCCGACUCCUCCUUCCCCCCCAGCUGAGCUGGGGCCCUACAUCAUCCGAUUCACAUUCGCGCAGGAUUCUACGUGGGUGGGCAGGGACGGAGCCGUCGACAUGCUGGCGUUCUCGAGGUAUGCGACGAGGGUCAAGCAGGACGUGGCGACAGCAGCGGCGCUGCCUGAGCAGGCGCUGACACUGCAAGACAUCGUGGAAGUGGACGGGUGUGUUGAGGUCGAGCUGGAGCUGUCAGGACCCCUGAGGAAGGGGGAGGGCGAGAUGCUGCUGCGAUCCCUUGCCAGGCAAGUCGCAGACCCGCUCUCGGCCCUCCGCAAGCCCGGCAUGAGUACAGCAUGUGUCGUACGUGCUCAUGCGCAAGGCCCGCAGUUUGACUUCACUAGCUCUGACCCGUUCUCCCGAGAGUUGUUUGACCACGAGAUGACCGGAGUAGCGUGA